UCUCCUCCACUCUGCCUCACUUUUCAGCUAGGUCUAGUAUACAGAAGUUUGUACUGUGUGGUUGCACGUGUUAAAUGAGUGAUUGAAGAGAAACAGUUUUAUCUUUUUCUUGAAUUAAAUUAAGGUUAUGGCUUUCCGUGGACGAGGAGGUAGAGGAGCCGGCGGCUUCAGAGGUGGCCGAGGAGGCUUUCGAGGUGGGCGUGGUGGAUUUGAUAGAAACAGGGGAUACGAUCAAGGUCCUCCAGAAACAGUGACAUUAUUAGGACAGUAUGGAUGGACAGUAGAAAACGAUGUUAUUGUCAAAUCAGCUAUUGAAGAUUAUGUACCAUAUUUUAAUGCACCAAUUUAUACAGAAACCAAACAACAAUUAGGAAAGAUCGAUGAAAUCUUUGGUACAUUUCGUGGCUAUCAUGUGUCUAUUAAAUUAUCUGAAAAUGUAAAAGCAUCUAGUUUUGAAAAGGAUACUAAGGUAUAUAUUGAUCCAGCAAAGCUGUUGUUGAGUGCGAAGUUCCUAAACUCUGAAGGAAAAAGGGGCGGUCGUGUCACGAAGAGAGGUGCAGGAAGAGGUGCAGGAAGAGGUGGAGGUGGAGGUGGAGGAAGAGGUAGAGGUAGAGGUGGCAGAGGAGGUAGCAGAGGAUCCUUCAAUAGAGGAGGAGGCAAUAGAGGUAGCGGAGGAUUUAGAAAUCGUGAAGGAGGUGGUGGAUUUAACCGUAAUUCAGGUGGAGGUUAUGGAGGAGGUAGAGGGAAAUGGUAAAUUUGUAUGAAUAAAAUAUGUUAAAGAAGUGCGACAAAUAUUGUACUAUACUAUAAAUGAUUUGUAAAGAAGAAAAGAAAUUAAAUGCUUUAUAUAAUAAU